CUGUUCUAUUUCUUGAUUUUUAAAUUAAUUAUACAAAUAAACAAUAUUUGAUAAGUUGCGUUUACAAAAUUUUAUAUUUUCUAAUUUGUAACAAGUUUUCCAUUAUUUAAGUAAUGUUUAGCUUUCAAAAUAAAAUUUUUAUCAUGUUGUAUGUCUAAUUUGAAAAUUGACAGGUUGUUAGUCGGUGAGACGGUUAGUAACGGUUUUUUACUCAAAUAUUUAAUAAACAAUUAAUAAUACGUAUUGUUUACGAUGGAGGAUGCAAGUAAAAAGCUUAUUGAUGAAACAAAUAAUCAAUUGAAUAAUAUUCACAUAUCAUCAGGUUCUUACAGAGAUAGACACCUUUUGCAAGCCACAAUUCUAAACGAAAAUGAUCCAUCUGAAGAACUCACAAAAAUCUAUCAUCUUGUUGAAGCACACUGUCCAAUAUUUCGGAAAUUAGCAAUCAAUCUCUUUGAGAAAGCUUCUCACAACUCAUCACACAAUGUUUUUCCAAUGGACUCAGAGCAUUUGCAGUUUAACUGCUGCACAGAUUCACAAGUUAAGAUUAGCAUUGAAGAUAUCCUUAAUAAAAUGGAGAUGAUGCCACCAGAAUGGACACUAGUUCAGUUAACAAAUAUGAAUUAUUGUCAGAGUGGCAUGGAAAUCAAACCAACAGCUCUUCAGAUUACUGUAUUUGAAUGUGGACAGAAUACCAUUAAACCUUUAACUGUACAAGUUGACCCAGCUGUGGAUCCCUGGGGUAAUCCAAUUAAUAUUAUCAAGGAGUUAAAUAUGAGUUUAGAGGAGAUUAAUACAGGAUACAUUAAGUUGAAGAACAGGCUGCAUGGCAAUAUAAAAGAGACAUAUUCACAGUAUAAGUUGAGGAUUAAUCAUGGAUUGAAGCAGCAUGUUAAGUUUGUGCAGGAUAAAUGGCUUGCAGAGUGGCGGAUUUUGUUGUCUGGCAGAUUUAGUCAAGUGGAAGUAGAGGAAGAGAUUAGUAGAGAGGUGCAGAAACUUUUAGAUGAGUAUACAAAGACGGAUAUUUCCCCCAAGAAUCAUCAAAUCUUGAAACAUCUUCUCCGAGCACAGGGGUUUAUAGAUCAAAAACAAACAAAGAAAAUCCUAGAAUACUGUUUUCCAGAUAUCACGAAUCAAGAAGUAAUCAAUUUAUACAAAUCGAUUAAAAAGUUUGAAGCGUUCGGCAAAUUGAAACGUAAUCCUAUUAUUUUAAUAGUUGAUGGCACAAUUGAUCAAAUACCAUGGGAAAUGCUUGACAUUUUGGCUGAACAAUCAGUUUCUAGAAUGCAAUCUUUCCACUUCACCUAUGCUCUGUUUAAUGCUCAUGAAUUAGAAAUCGAAAAUGGAAGGAAAAUCAUCAAACUAAAUGAAUUAAAAGGCGGUAUGCUGUUGAAUCCCAGCGCAAAUUUACCUCAAAUGGAAAAGAGAUUGAGCGCAUUUCAAAAAUAUUGGAUUAAAACAUGGAAGACUAUGAUUGGCAAGAAACCGACAGAAGAGGAGUUUCUAGAUUACGUUACCAACUGUGAUAUUUUUAUGUAUAGUGGUCACGGUGAUGGAAUGCAAUAUAUUCGGUAUCCAAGACUCGAGAAAUUGCGCAUAAACGCGGUGGUUCUUUUGUUUGGCUGUAAAAGUGUUGCUUUACAACAGAAAUCAUCAUUUAUCGAACCGUGGGGCACGAAUCAAUACUAUAUUAUGUGUUGUUGUCCUUGUAUCAUUGGAAAUUUGUAUAAUGUAACCGAUUUGGAUUGUGAUGUGUUGAGUACGAACUUUGUUAGUUAUUGGGUGCCAGCAACUGAGAAGAAAACGCAUUGGUUGGACUUUGACUUAAAAACAUGGUAUCCUGGAUCAACAGAUAUUGAUAUCUCAUCGCUCCCUAAAUCAGCAACUAGCAAACCACAACACAUUCCUGAUCUACUGACGGCAUUAAACAAAGCAAAACGAUCUACAAAGUGUACUUAUAUUACGCAGGCGUCAUGUGUGGCACGAGGGAUACCGGUAAAGUUAGUAUAAACUAGAGUUUAAUAUUAAAAGCGUUCAGAGUUCUCACAUCCCCUAAGAGCGACCAGGACUAAAACCUAAGGAGAGAAUAAAGAAAAACCUGAAGGCCUGCAAUCAUUCCCCCUAGUUUAAAAUAAUUUGAUGUAGGUUUCAAAAGUAAUAUAAUUUGUACAUAUAAA